AAUGUCUUGCCAAUGCAUCAACAUCAUGCAUUCGCCCUUCUGGACUAUCUCGACUGCAGCAGUCUGUGUGGCUGUCGCUCAAGCGUCAUCUCUUGAAGAUGUUUGCACUUCAGCUUAUGCAGUCGCCGCUUUACCUGCUGCAAACUUCUAUCAAGGCAUUACCAUUGACAAUGCAUCCGUGACUGCCAAUCCAGUUUACGCCGCCAAUGCCAGCGGUAAUGUCAUGUUUCCGGAUUCCACUUUUGAUUACUGCAAUAUCAGCUUCUCUUACUCUCACGAUGGAAUUGAGGGUGAUAAAGUGAGGUUGGUCUAUUGGCUGCCUUCGCCCGAUAACUUCAAGGAUCGCUUUUUGUCUACGGGUGGUGGUGGUUACCUCAUCUCUUCUGGCGAUGGCUUAUCUGGCUCGCUUCCUGGAGGCAUCAUCUACGGUGCCGCUGCUGGUACCACUGAUGCCGGAUUUGGCAGCUUGUCUACCCAAUUCAGCAGUGUCUUCCUUCUCGCCAAUGGCACCGCGAACUUUCACAACUUGAACAUGUUUGGAUUUCAAGCUAUCCAUGAGAUGACGGUGCUGGGUAAGGAGUUUACCAAGGGCUUCUUCAACAUGACCAAGGACGACAAACUAUACGCUUACUACCAAGGUUGUUCAGAAGGUGGUCGCGAUGGCUGGAGCCAGAUCCAACGCUACGGAGAUCAAUUCGAUGGCGCCGUCGUCGGUGCCCCUGCUUUCCGCUUCGCUUUCCAACAAGUCCAACACGCAUACUCCGACAUUGUAGAGCAAACUCUAGACUACUAUCCUCCUCCUUGCGAGAUGGAAAAGAUACUCAACGAAACAAUCGCCGCUUGCGACCCGUUAGAUGGAAAAACCGAUGGCGUGGUCGCCCGUACCGAUCUGUGCAAAUUGCGUUUCAACACCAGUAGCUUGAUCGGAACACCAUACUCAUGCGCUGCUUCUCCUGUGUAUAUGGGAUUCCCACCUCAUCCUGCUUGGCCAGCGCAAAAUGGCACUGUCACGGCAAAGGCGGUGCAGGUGGCUGAUACCAUUAUCCAAGGCCUGCGCGACUCUCACGGCAAACAGGCCUAUCUAUCCUACCAACCCGCCUCCAUCUUCGCAGACGCAUUCACCCAAUACGACACCAACACAUCCUCAUUCACCCUCUGGCCCAGCGAUUUCGCCGCACAGUUCGUCUUACCCUUCUUGGACUUGGUCAACGCAACUUCUUUUGCAAAUCUGGAUAAUGUCACCUACGACACGCUAAAACAAUGGAUGUACAAAGGCUGGCAAAUGUACGAAUCCACUCUCCACACCACAUGGCCAGACCUUUCCUCUUUCCACUCUUCCGGCGGCAAAAUCUUACACUAUCAUGGCGAAUCUGAUUUUUCCAUCCCCACUGGAAGUUCGGUACAUUAUCGCGAUUCGGUGCGGGAGAUCAUGUAUCCUCAUCUAUCCUUCAACGCCUCCAACGCAGCGCUCAAUGACUGGUAUAGACUUUUUCUCAUCCCCGGAGCCGGGCAUUGUGGAUUGAAUGCUUAUCAGCCCAAUCACCCAUUCCCACAAACUAAUCUGCAGGUCAUGAUUGAGUGGGUGGAAAAGGGGAUCGUGCCGCAGACUUUGAACGCGACGGUCUUGCAAGGAGAUAGGAAGGGAGAAAAUGAGCAAGUGUGUGCUUGGCCUUUGAGACCAUCUUGGAGUAAGAGUGGUAAUGGGAGUGUGGAGUGUAGGUUCGACAGCAAGGGUUUGGAGACUUGGGAGGUGGAGUUUGAUGCUUUCAAGAUGCCCGUGUACUGAGAAGUGGUCGGGAAGUACUCGGUAGUGAUGUUGUAUAUCGGUAUGAGGGAAACCAAGGAGAUGGAAAAAGCCUGAGCCCAUUUCGGGUGCAUGACCAGAUCAGAGAUUCCCAAUGCACUGGUGUGCUGGUCGAGUUGGUUUCAAUCAAGAGUGAC